GAUGCUUGACAACUUCAAAGAAAUAUCACAAUGUGGCGGUAAUUUUUAAUUUAAUCUUUUGUGAAGGAGAAUUUGAAUGAGGACAAUUAAGCAAAAGAUAUUACAUGGAAAUUGCACAUUUGCAUAUAUUAUUUGCUGUUUAUUUAAUUUUUAUAAUGUUCACUGCAGAAUAUUAUGCUCAAACUGAAGUAUAUGAGGAUAAUUAUUAUAACCUAGAUCCUGAAUUUGAAUAUUCAGAAUUAAGCAAUACUACUGAAUGUGAAGAAGAAACUAGUUAUUCUUUUACAACAAAAAUAAUUACACAUACAACAUCAGAUCAAAAAAUUAAGUGCGACGAAGAUCAGAUAUUAUUUUAUCUUGCUAAAUUACAAGUUAUUAAUCCAGAAGGUAUAUUAUUAAUUGCUACAUACAAGGACAUUGAACAUCUUUGUAGGAAAAUAGUUGAAAGUCUUGAUUCAAUCGAUAAUGUAAUGCAAACGUGUAUACCUUUGCCAGAAGAUCACUUAUAUAUGCAACUUAUAGCAGGAUUAAGAGUACUCAACAGUAAACUUUGUGUAUAUGCAAAUUAUCAAUCUGUAUUUAGAAAAUAUAUGAAAUGUUAUCAAGAACUCCAUGAUGAAUAUUUGGACUGUGUAGGACCAACAGAUUGGACAGAGAAUAUGGAAAUUCAUGAAUUAUGCGACCAAUUCAAAGCUAUAUCUGAUUGUUACUAUACAUUAACUGCUGUGUUAUGUGGUAUCGAAGCAGCAAAAAUUCUCAAGGAACUUGUUGUGCAAGUUAUAACUGCUGUUAUUUGGAGUGAUUGUCCUAAUGUACACAUAGAUCCAGUUAUCUUAGAUCCUAUGCCAGAAAUAAUGAAUUCCAAGUCAUUUUGUAAUACCUCUAUCAAUUUUAUUAUUGUAAUAAUACUUAUAAAUAUAUUAUAAAUUACGAUAUUACUUUUUUGAUAUAAUUUAAACGUACGAAUUUAUAUUUUUA